AUGCCGGUCGCUCGACGGACCAGUGGCAUGGCCCAGUUGUACGGUUGUCGACGGUCAGCGGCCUACGCGUGUAAACACCGAGUCGGUGGCGCAGGAAUGCACCGUCCUCCGUUUCGUAGCGGCCACUUGUGCCGAAAGCGGACGACGUCCCCUUUGAGGUGCGGCCAACGGCUGCUGCGAACGCGACACCUGACCAUGAGCGCCGUGCCGGUUCGCGCAUCUUCUGCGUUCGAAUCAGAAAGGCUCUUGUUCGGUGGCUUCAAGCACCGAUUCACCAGGACCGUUGCCGUUGCCGUUGCCGCACAAAGUCGUACAGGCCGGCCGUCGGGCGCAGACGAUUCUCGACAUUGUGUCGAUGGCGGUAAAUUGGCUGAAGCAUUUUCUUCCUGGGAGUGUGCCUCCUUCAAAAAACUGCCAAUCGCGGAGUUCCGCGACCAACUCUCUCUUUGUGGCAUUGACCAAUCAGGGGAUCGCCAAAAACUGAUAGCUGCGACGGCCGUCAGCAAGGAGAAGAAGCCGGAUUCGAGUCGACGACGACGGCGAUGGCUAGGCGGACGACCAUCAAGUGAACGCUUGACGAAAAGCUCACCGCCACCACUGCAGUACUUGACCGAGUUGCUGGCGGAAGAUGAUGACUUCGGAAGAAGGAACAUGGCGAAGCCAAUCCGCGGUAGCUGUGUUGGCAACAUGCGACAAGGGGACAGGUGA